ACCAUAUAUAUACACCAACUCGCUACCAGCAAAAUUCACUAACAAGGCAUAUUUAGCUUAACUACUCUCAAAUGGCAUUGAGAGUUAAUAUCACUAUUCUUCUUAUAAUUCUGUCUUUCGCAUUACCAGCCUUAGCCGCCGAACAAUGCCAGUCCAAAACCCAAGGAGAAUGCCACGACAAGGCGAAAUCUUUAAAGCUCAAGCUAAUUUCAAUAGCUUCAAUUCUAGUUACAAGCAUGAUUGGAGUAUGUUUGCCAUUGUUUUCACGGGCAGUUCCAGCUCUUUCACCUGAUAAAAGUUUAUUCUCAAUCGUCAAAGCGUUUGCUUCUGGCGUUAUUUUAGCGACAGGGUACAUGCACGUUUUACCUGACUCUUUUAAUUGCUUGACAUCGGAGUGUUUGCCUGAAAACCCUUGGAGGAAAUUUCCGUUCACUACAUUCGUUGCCAUGUUAUCGGCUCUCAUUACCCUUAUGGUGGAUUCAUUUGCGUUGAGUUACUAUAAGAAGCAUGAGCUUCGAAGUGAAGGUGAAGGUGUUCGAGAUGACGUUCAGGAAGGAGGAAAUGAAGAUGGAGAGACAGUUAAUGUUAAGGUUGAAGAGAGCCCAGGUGGGAUUGAUUCUCCAUUGUUAAGGCAUCGUGUUGUGGCUCAGGUUUUGGAACUUGGCAUUGUAGUGCACUCAGUAGUGAUUGGCUUGUCAAUGGGGGCCUCCGACAAUCCAUGCACAAUCAGACCACUUAUUGCUGCUUUGUGUUUCCAUCAACUCUUUGAAGGAAUGGGUCUUGGAGGAUGCAUACUACAGGCUGAGUAUGGAAUGAAGAUGAAAGCAACAAUGGUAUUUUUCUUCUCAUCCACAACUCCAUUUGGUAUUGCACUGGGAAUUGGUUUGUCAAAUGUGUACAGUGAAAACAGCCCUACAGCUUUAAUUGUAGUAGGAAUAUUAAAUGCUUCAUCCGCUGGUUUACUGAAUUAUAUGGCGCUGGUGGAUCUCUUGGCAGCAGAUUUUAUGGGGCAUAAAUUGCAGCAAAAUGUGAAACUUCAAAUGCUGGCAUAUAUUGCAGUUCUACUAGGUGCUGGAGGCAUGUCACUAAUGGCAAAAUGGGCCUAGAGCACACAAGAAACUGUAAAUGCCUGCUUUUGUGUGGGUAUUAGUUUCUUAAUUUGUA